AUGAAGCCAUCAACUGUUGCUCGCUGCGCGGUCGCAAACGAAUAUUUGCGCCGAAGGAAACAGCCUUGCUGUGAUGCGACCAAUCGCGGUCGCCCCAACCACCACGUCAAGCUUUUGAGUGUCACGUUUGAGGACGUGUCGCAUGACGGAUCACGAAAGGAGCAAAGGUUGAUGGAGAGUUCACAGCCACUCAGGUCACCGACAGUGAGAGAGCACUGUUGCACAGAGACAGGUGUGAUGAGGAUUGUCGCUUUGGACAGGACCAGUGAAGCAACAACCACGAUAGUGCAUUCACGCAAAUCUAGCGUUUGGGUGCCAACCACAAAGCGCCAACGUACCAGCAGCGCUGUUUUGCUGGCUUUACAACCCAAGACGGAUAGAAACGCCCCGACCGCGCCAACAGUCGCGGACGUAGAUGAUCAGGAUAUCUAUCUCGAAGAACCAAUUUCGAAUGAAUGCAGUACUGCAACACAAGCGUCGCAAGACAUGGCCAAACAAGAAUACCCGAUCUUGACCACUUUUCGCUUCCCUCCCUCUGGAGAUGACUGUACAUCCAAAAUCAGUGUUCGGUCAACGCACUCUGAGGUACCAAGUGAUACAGCAUCGCCAACCUCGGAUGCGACCCUCUUUGAAGAUGCGCCCCUAUGUCCAGUCAGCCCGUCAGGCUGCGGUGAAGACUUUCCGGAUUGCACAGAUCACAACGACAUCCUAGGGAAGAGAUUGUCAGCCAAGUGCGCCAAUCAAGUCAAAGAUUACGAACCGACUCCAAUGUCGAGGAGGUAUGUCCGACACUGCCGGCACAUCUCGUCUAGUUCGGCCGUUGACGUUGCCGAAACACUUCCAACUUCCUUGCGGUCGAGAGCAAAGACGAAUGAUGGCCUGUUUUUGUUCAGGGCAAAUCCCUUUAAAGAGCCCACAGCCAAUGUUCACAGGGGCAGACACCGUCAAAGAAUUUCUCUGAAUCUCCCAGUGAACUCGCAUGCUGGUCAGCGCAGCGGAACCCAGCAAUCUAGACAGCCUGAUACUGAGGAUUUGACCCAGCCGUUGGUUGGCGACGAGGCCGCGUAUCCUGCUACCAAAUCGGAUACAUGGCCCGCAGAAGAACGGGAUCUGGAGUACAAGCACCGACAUACCUUUAUAGGAACCGCCUCGCUAGACGACUUCAUAGAAAUUCUAGAAAUCUCAAAAACACACACCACUACCAAAGGCGCGGUCGCUCGAGCAUUCGUACAGCUAGCUUCAGCCGAGCAGCUUUACGCUCGACAAUGCUCUACUAGGAACAAUGGAUGGGAGCUUAUCACACCAACAUCACUGACCGUCAUGGACGUUACUAGCGUCGAUUAUAUCGUACAGUUGCGAGUCAAGCUGGGUUCCAUCACUCUGAGGCAGUUUCUAGAUUUGAUACCUUUCGAUGAAGAUGAUGAGGCAGCGGCGGUGCAUGUCGUUGAAGCCUUCUCAAUUGCUAGCCACAUGGACACGACGGCGGCUAUAGGAACAAUUAGCAAGGCGAAAGCUUUCAGGAGUUGGUUAGUCGAGCAGAUGAAGGUCGACGCAGGUCAUUGA